UAUGUCAAACCACCCCACACAAACCCAAUCGAUCCCGCUCGCGCAGUGUUGUGUUUGCUGCGGCAAACCCUCACUGGCGUUUCUAGUUCGAGUGAUAAAGAGAUUGUGCGUUUGAGUUCGUUCGGUUCGGUUUGGCCGGAGCGCCUCAUUUAACAGGGGGUUCCGCCGAAAUUCUACCUCAUUUGCAUGUAGAUCACAUGAGCCGAGGGUGAAGGCGCUUUCGACAGUGAACACGGCACAGCAUUCACGGGGAGUGUGGUGCAACUACACUCUAUACACGUUUGCUAAAUGCCGAAGGUUGUGCACACACAGUUUGUGUUGGUGAAAGUGUUUCUGUUAGCUUAUAGUGUGCACUUUGCUGCUGAGUGUAUGUUCUCUGCUGGUGGUAGCGCGUGCCUGGCGUGAAUUUAGUGAACGAAGUCUCUAACCCUCUCUACCUCAACAACCCACGAUGGAGCCGUCCGAUCAUGAAGAAGCAAGCGUUCUCUACAGUCCCGGCCGGGAGCCCAAAAUUGUACCGCACAUAAACGCCAACGCGCGCAAGGAAACCAGAUGGACGUUUUGGCUGAUUACUGCCGGUUUAUCGACUACCUUCGGUGCAGCAGUACCAACCGGUUACAAUAUAGGCGUCAUAAAUGCACCGGCAAAUUUUAUUAAAAGUUGGUGCAAUGAUACGAUUUACGAAACGUACGAGAGCGUCUUUUCGGAGGGUAAUCUGGAGACGUUCUGGUCGGCGGUUGUGUCCAUCUUUUUGGUUGGCGGUGUAAUUGGAUCGCUCGGCGGUGCAUGGGUUGCCGACAGACUCGGCAGGAAACGAUCCUUCCUGUUGUGUGGAUUUCUGCUUUUUGUCGGCGGCGUAUGCUUCCAGUUCUGCCAGACGCUCAGCUCGGUGGAGCUGCUUAUGGCUGGCCGUUUCUUGGUCGGAUUGGCCGCCGGCUUGACCACCAGCACGGUUCCAAUGUAUCUGACCGAGCUGGCCCCCCUAGGGCUGCGCGGUGCGCUCGGCGUGUUCUGCUCGAUGGGCGUCACCGGUGGGGUGGUGGUCGGGCAGAUCAUCAGCUUAGAGGAAAUAUUCGGCACCGAGGAACACUGGCAGUUUGCGCUCAGCUUCUACGUCAUCCUGGUGGUGAUCUUUUUCGUACCGUAUCCGUGGCUGCCGGAAAGUCCCAAGUACCUGUUCGUGAUUCGCCGGCGGCAGGACGAGGCGGUGAACGAGCUGAAACGCGUCGCCGGCAAAAAGGUUCGCGACGAGUAUGUGCGCGAGCAGAUUGAUGCGAUGCGCCGGGAGUGUACGCCGGAGAACGACGAGGAAUCGUGCGGCGAUGGGCAAAGUACUGUGCAAAAGCCCAAAGAACGUACCAUUUGGUCGGUGCUGACGGAUCGGACGUUGCUGCUUCCCUUGGUGCUGGUCUGUGCCUUACAAGGUGGCCAACAGCUGUCCGGAAUCAAUGCGGUUUUCUUCUAUUCCGUUCGGAUAUUUGAAUCGGUGGGCCUGAGCUCAACGGACGCCAAGUUUGCAAACCUUGGUGCCGGUUGUCUUAAUCUGUUUGUUGCGUUCUUUAGCCCAAUUUUAAUGGCAAAAUUCAACCGUCGCUUUUUGGCCCUCUUAUCAUGUGCGAUGUGUGCGUUGUUUUUGUUCUGCCUUACGUUCAUCGUAUUCUUUAUUGACGACGUGGAAUGGUUUUCUUAUGCAAGUAUCGUCGCUAUCCUGUUGUACAUUCUCUUCUACCAAAUAGGACUUGGACCGAUACCUUAUUUCAUCGGCUCUGAACUGUUCGAGGUUGGUCCGCGGCCCGCAGCCAUGGCCAUGGGCAGCUUGGCCUCGUGGGGCUGCAACUUCAUCGUGGCCAUGCUGUUCACCACGCUACAAAGUGCUUGGGGAGCGUUCGUCUUCCUUCCUUUUGCGUUCACCUGCGUUGCGCUGACGGUACUGCUGAGGAUUUAUCUGCCCGAAACGCGCGGCAAGCACAUCUCGCAGAUUGUACCGCUGGUUGCUAAAGGAUUCAACUCCAAGCCGCUAGUGCCUUAGUGUUGCCGGUCCUGCCC